UGCAAGCGAACAAACAAACACCCCAUGUGGUGGAUCGAUCUCUCUAGCUAGCUCCCCCAUAAGGCUAUAAUCCUCGUCGACGAGGGCCAAUAGAUAUUCUUCCUUUCCUAUCCCCCCCUUUGCUGUGCUACCCGGACAGCUUCACUCCACAAUUUCUCACACCAGUUUACAUCUCACGCUCAGCACAUAUACAGCCUCUCCUUGUUCUGAAAUCCUGCUGCUGCUGCAAGCAAGAAGAGGAUCCAAGCUACCAUCGCAUCUCUCUCAGGCCGUACGUGUAGAAGAGAGCUAGAGAAGGCGUCCGGCGAGCAUGUGGGAGUCGGAGAGCGACGCCGGCGAGCGGGGGCUCGUCCCCGUGGUCGGCGGCUCCGACCGGCACGACGCGCUCAAGAACGACGGCUUCGUUCGCAGGGACCAAUCUUGGUUUGUGAACAGUGAUAUUCCGAGCGAUUUGCUCGUCAGAGUGGGCGAUGUGAGCUUCCAUCUUCACAAGUACCCGAUGAUCUCCCGGAGCGGCAAGAUGGGCCGCGUGAUCUACGAGUCCGCGGCGACGGACCCUGCAGCGGCAGACAACACCGUGGCGGAGCUGGACGACCUCCCGGGCGGGGCGGAGUCCUUCGAGCUCGCGGCGCGGUUCUGCUACGGGAUGGCGGUGGACCUGACGGCGUCCAACAUCUCGGGGCUGCGGUGCGCGGCGGAGUACCUGGAGAUGACGGAGGACCUGGAGGAAGGGAACCUCAUCUUCAAGACGGAGGCGUUCCUGAGCUACGUGGUGCUGUCGUCGUGGCGGGACUCCAUCGUGGUGCUCAAGAGCUGCGAGGGCCUCUCGCCCUGGGCCGAGAACCUGCAGAUCGUGCGCCGCUGCAGCGAGUCCAUCGCCUGGAAGGCCUGCGCCAACCCGAGGGGGGUGCGCUGGGCUUACACAGGAGCCGCCGCGUCCAGUAGCGGGAGGCCGCCCAGGAGCGGCGGCGGCGGCGGCACGGCGAGCCCCCGGUGGAACAUCGGCGGCGGCAGCGGCGACUCCAAGGAGUCCAGCCCCAGCCGGCAGCCCGUGCCGCCGCCGGACUGGUGGUUCGAGGACGUGUCCGUGCUCAGGAUCGACCACUUUGUGCGCGUCGUCACGGCCAUCAAGGUCAAAGGCAUGCGGUUCGACCUCAUCGGCGCGUCGAUCACCCACUACGCGUCCAAAUGGCUCCCGGGCCUGACCAAGGACGGCCCCCACGGCAGCAUCGGCAUCGGCAUCGACGAGCCAUGGGCGCAGGUCUCGGCCGGCGGCAGCGGCCUCCACAUGAUCAUCGCGGCGGCGGGCAGUGGCAAGGACGACGUGACCAGCUCCAGCGCCGCGCCGGCGCGCGAGCAGAGGAUGGUGGUGGAGAGCCUGAUCAGCAUCAUGCCCCCGCAGCGGGACAGCGUCUCCUGCGGCUUCCUCCUCCGCCUGCUCCGCCUGGCCGUCAUGCUCAAGGCCGCGCCGGCGCUCGUCACGGAGCUGGAGAAGCGCGUCGGGAUGCAGCUCGAGCAGGCGGCGCUCCCCGACCUGCUCAUCCCCUCCGUGGGCCGCGCCGACACCGCCUACGACGUCGACCUCGUGCAGCGCCUCGUCGAGCACUUUCUGGUGCAGGAGGUGCAGACGGAGGUCAUGUCUUCGGGUGCCAGCCCCGGCCGCGCCGGGGACGCGCACGCGCACGCGCACGCCCCGGAGUACUACGGUGCCGGCCCCGGCGCGAGCAGGAUGGCGCCGGCAGUGUCGGCGUCGGCAGCGGCAGCGGCAUCGGGGCUGAACGCCAAGGCGCGCGUGGCGCGGCUGCUAGACAGCUACCUCUCCGAGGUGUCCCGCGACCGCAACCUGUCCCUGACCAAGUUCCAGGUCCUGGCCGAGUCGCUGCCGGAGUCGGCACGCGCCUGCGACGACGGGCUCUACCGCGCCGUGGACUCGUACCUCAAGGCGCACCCGACGCUGACGGAGCACGAGCGGAAGCGGCUGUGCCGGGUCAUGGACUGCCAGAAGCUGUCGUUCGACGCGUGCAUGCACGCGGCGCAGAACGAGCGCCUGCCGCUGCGUGUUGUGGUGCAGGUGCUCUUCUCGGAGCAGGUCAAGAUCAGCAACGCGCUCGCGGCCGCCGGAUCCUCUUCGGGGGCGGGGAUGCUGAAGGCGGCGGCGCCGGAGCCGACGACGCGGCGGCAGCUGCUGGACGCGACGCCGCAGUCGUUCCAGGAAGGCUGGGCGGCGGCCAAGAAGGACAUCAACACGCUCAAGUUCGAGCUGGAGAGCAUGAAGGCCAAGUACCUGGAGCUGCAGCACGACAUGGACGCGCUCCAGAAGCAGGUUGAGCCGUCUCCCGGGGCCAAGAUGGGCGGCGGCGGCGGCAGCAAGACGCAGCAGCAGGGGCCCUCGGCGUGGAGCAACGGGUGGAAGAAGCUGGGGAGGCUGGCCAAGAUGACGGGCAACGAGGCGGCGCCGGGGCAAGGAGGCGCGGCGCCCGGCGAGGCGGCUAGGAAGGCGCAGAGGAGGUGGAGGAACUCCAUCUCAUGAUCGAUCGGAUCGAAUCGAGCUUAAUUCUUCCUUUCCUAGUGAUCAGGAUUCAGGAAUAUAUGACUAGAUGCAUGCUGCGUGGAUUCAUUCGUGCUUAAUUACUUAAUUAGGAGGAUGGUGUUUGAUUUAUUUUUUUGGAAGAAGGAUGGUGUUUGAUGGAGUUUUGCUUCUCGAUCUCCAUUGAUUUGUUCAGACUGCGCAUACUCACUCUAGGAGAUGAUCAUCUGAA